AUGGGACCAGUAAUUGAUAGUAAUGAAGCAAUGAGAUGUGAAUAUAUUUCAACAAUUUUGCAUUCAGCAGUUACAAUUCUUAAAGGUCUUAUCAAAGAUCAUGCUACAAAUGUUUUAAUUUUACCUCAGCUAGAAGUAUCUGGUCGUGGCAAUGAAAGUAAUAGUGAAUCCAUUGAUACAGAAUCAGAUAUUGAUCUUGACAAUUACGAAUACUAUGAUAACCAUAAUAGAGAUAUUGAUUUUCUAAUAGUAGACUACCUAGAUUUAAAUAAUUCUUUAUUUAAUUAUAAAGGUAGUAACGAAAAUGAAAUUGAUAUAAGACCGUAUCAUAUUUGUGGAUAUUCAUUUGGAGGACUUGUGGCCUGGGAGAUUGCUAAACAAUUAAUUAACCAAGGAAAGAAAGUCGGUGGAGUUUAUCUAAUAGAUGCACCAGCUCCAUUGAAGAAACUAGUAAGGCCAACCGUAAACGCUAAAGAAGUAACAAAAAAUAAUGAAAUGUGGGAAAAGGAUAUAGAACAAUUAUUAAAGGAUGUUGACCUCAAUAACAAUAACGAUGAUGACAUUGAUGAUGCUCAAACAAAAGAAUUAAAACAAACAAUUAGCAAAUUGAUAGCUUUAAUGUACAACUAUACAGAUGAUAUUAGCUCAAAUAAUAUCAACAUACCAGUACAUUAUUGGAGAGCAAGAGAAUACGAUGUAUUGCAUUUUUCUGUCAGCACCCUUUUUGGUUUUUUUGGUUCUUUUAAUCCUCAAUUAGUUGAACAACAAAUUAAAUUAUUCCCUAACAUUAAAUCAGUCGAAAAGGUAUCAAAAGUUAAAGCCAUCGCUCCUAUACAAAAUAAUGGUGGUAGUACAACCGUUAGUACUUCAUUUUAUGACUUGGAUCGUAUAGAUCAAAGAGGUAUUAAGUUAGAUGGAAAGUACACUUUUCCUACUCCAGCUGGUAAAGGUGUAAAUGUCUAUGUGAUUGACACUGGUAUAAAUCCAAAUGUAGCAGAAUUCGAUGAUCGUGUUAGAUUUGGUGGUUCUUUUUGUACUGAAUGUUCUGAAGUGGAUGAUAACGGUCAUGGCUCAGCAGUUGCAAGUGUUAUUGGUGGUAAAAAUUUUGGUGUAGCGAAAAAAGUAAAUCUUAUAGCUGUCAAAGUACUUAAUGCGGUAGGUGCCGGUUUAUUAUUUGUAUUAAUUGAACAUUUAGCAAACAAGAACAAAAAGACAGUUGUUAAUAUGUCAUUGGGUGGCGCAAUUUCUAAAAUAGAAAACGAAGUAGUACGAGUUCUCACAGAUAAUGGUAUACAUGUUAUCGUGGCUGCCGGAAAUGAGUCAAGUGAUGCUUGUAAGGUCUCACCUGCAAGUACACCAUCAGCAAUUACAGUGUGCGCAACUGAAAAGACAAGUGAUUCAAUUACUAAUUUCUCAAAUUUUGGAUCUUGCGUUGACAUUUGUGCUCCCGGUAGAAAUGUUCCUUCACUUUUCCUUGGCACCAUACCUAGGAAUUAUCUGGCAAAAUAA